AUGGAAUGGACAAAUGAUAAAACUUUACAACUCAUUGAGUUAUAUAGAACCAAAGAAUGUUUGUGGAAUCCAAAAUCAUCAUUUUACAAACUUCUAAAUAAGAAAAAUGAUGCAUGGCAAGGAAUAGCAACAGAAAUGAAUUGCAACACCAUAGAAGUGAAAAAGAAAAUAAACUCUCUGCUUGCCUCAUUUCGAAGAGAGAGACAAAAGGAAAGUACAACCAAAACAUCAGGAAGUGGAGCUGGAGAACAGUACUACUCAACAUGGUUUGCAUUUAAGUCUCUGGAUUUUUUGAGAGACAAAUUUACACCAAAAUCUACAUUAAAUACCGAGGAGAUUCAAGAACGAGAUGCUACAGUGAAUAUCAACAGGUUUGACGAAGAAAAAAAGAAAAAAGAGGGAAUGGUCUUCAAAUUUACUGAAAAAAAGAGACACUGCAGGAGGAAUAACAAUGUUUACAGACCUUACAAGCGAUAA